UUUUUUAGCUCUGACUAAAAUAUUUUAUUUAAUUUUCAUAAGCCAAUUAUUGUUAUAAACAAAAUGGCUUCAGCUUCGAGUUCAAGUGCCCGUCAUCUGUUUGAUGAUUCGAAAAAACGUUUGUGUGCCCGUGUGGGAAUAAAUGUCAAUAAUUUGGGUUCGGUUGCACGUCAAGUGGUUAGAAGCUCCAAGACAAAUGAGAUUAUGCAUCAAACAUUGAAGAAUUUCACUCAAGUGGAUGUGGUUUCGGAUUAUAGUCAUCAGAAUUUGCAGAAAAUGUCGUUGAUAUUGCAGCAUGUUGGCUAUCAAUAUGAUGUUAUGGAGGAUAGUGUCAAUCAUUUGGAUUAUCUCAAGGAGCAAGUAACGGCCAUGGAAAGAUGAUUGGAAGAGCAGAGGCCUAGACAUUAGAACACAGAGAUAAAUCCCCAUAAUAGCAUAUUUUAUUUUAUCAGCAUUAUUACAUUACUCAUUACUCAUUACUCAUUCUGUCUAUAUAUAGAGCACAGUCAAAAAGAUGACCUCGCAUGGGGUUAAGAUCUCUCUGAGGGUCAGAACGAGGCUAAUGACCAGAUAAGAUAACAAAAAAUUGGACUAUACCGUGUAUAAAAGGGCAACCACCAAAAUCAUAGCCCUAUUCACAGCAUCUACACCUCCAGCAUGUAUCACUUACAAUUU